AUGACCGAAGCUCAGUUCCCAUACGAGAUUACCUCCUGGCCCAUGGAGAGUCUCCUUGAUUCGCAUCUGGGACAACACGAUGAUCUCAGCCCGCACCCUUUCAUUGCCAGUGACUUUCCUCUCACGAUACAGCAUGGACUGGAUCCCUCCUUGGCUGCCGAGAAGUUCGGCUGGAUGAAUGAAAACCCGGUUAAAUCGACCGCGUUUCAACCAUAUCCGCAAAUGUGGUAUGACGCCGGUCUAGUGAGAGAGGACUGUGGACGAAUGAAAACCGAUACUACAAGUUUCUCACUCCACCAAUCAACCCCCUUCCAAACCACCGAGAAUCCCCCGAUCCAUCCCCACCCAGAUUUCCAACUCGCAACACAAAGAGCCCUCUUCAUGACUCCCUCCCCAAAUGUCCUCGCUUUCCCCUUCCCCGGAUCUCCAACUUCAGAUCCCAACGCGUCCCCAGAACCAAGCCAUGCUUCAUCAAGCGGGUGGGAAGGGGAAGCCGAUCACGACGAUGCCCAAUACAUGCAAUUCGACUUCGGGCCGUCGGAUUUCGGGGCCUCGGCAUUAGACACCCAAUAUCAGGCUCAUGGUCAGACCCACAGUCUCAGCUCCCCGCCCCGUCGACACUCCCAAAUAGACGAAGAGUGUCUCACACCACUCGAGAUGCCAGAUGGAAGUACCCGCAUGACAUCAAAUUGGCUCCCUGUGGACCCUGAAGCUGGGUUUGCGAUUGGUUCUUCAAUGAUGAUGAACGAGGAUGUAGCUGCAUUUCAGGAUAUGAAGCAUGCUUUCUUUCCAUCGGUCCCCGCGGCCUGGUCGUAUGAUGGAUGA